AUGAGUGCCUUCGGGACGUCGGACGCUGGUCGCCCCCAAAGCAUAUACAGUGGCGAGGUUGCUCAGCAGUUCAUUAUGCCCACCAUCAACGUCCUAAGUCGGAGACCCUUCACAGAAGCUGGGAAGGGCCUUGGCAGGCUUAAGCUUCUCGUAGCUGGCAGAUCAGGCGUAGGGAAGACAGCUUUGAUCCGAACUAUAACACAAACUUGCUCGCACAUUGUACACGUUGAUCCUACUGUGCCGGUAGCAAUGGCGUCCAAAGGUUUCCUGCCAGAAAAGACGAUGCCGAAUAGUCCUCCAAUAUCUCAGGGCACUUUUCAGAUCACGGAGACUUUAGCCAGCACCAAGCCGUACCCGUCCUGGUGGAAAGAUUCGGCCUUUACAUCCCCUGCGCCCACUCCGAGUCAACCCGAGGACACAGUAUUAGACAGAAACAUAUGUCUUGUUGAUACGCCUGGAUAUCAGGAAACAUGUCGCCCUACAGAUACUGUGGGCCAAGUCUCACAAUACAUUGAAUCGUACCUUCAAAAGAGUCGUCUCGACGGUCUAGAGGACCCCGAUGUUCUAAAAACAAUCAGUGGAAGUGGCGGCUUACUUGUUGACGCAGUGCUCUACAUGAUCCCCAGUUCAGCGGCAACCAAGAAACACAUUGCCCAACAAUUUGCUGAGGCUGGCCUCGGGUUGUUCUCCUUCGAUCCCUCGACGACUAGUGUGGGAGAACAACAUAUCUAUGCUGCUUCUAGCGAGUUGGGAUCAGAUUCUGAGGUCAUGGACGCCAGUCUGCUCAUGAGCUCCGAAUACCUAAUGGAAAACAUAUUUUCCGCGAAUGGCGCAACUUGGCUUCGCCAUGCUGCAGCAGCAAAGCUUUUGGGUUGGCGCACUCGUCAUCCUGGCCCCAGUAACGUCUCCGGCUUCGCCUCGAAGUCAGAAGGUUCAAGGGAUAUGUGGUUGAUGCGUCCUCGAGCCGGAUCACUGACGCCUCUUGCCAUGAGUCGCGUUCAAAACUAUGCUACUUGUGACGAACGACUCUGCCGGGUGCAACUCACGAACUGGGCGGCAGAUUUACAACGUAGUCUGGCCAACGAAAAGCGGGUGCAAGAGCGUAGGGCAUGGGAGCACGCGGCUAUGUUGUCGAGGGAAGCUUGGAGAGAUGGCCGCUCUACUUCUGGCGGUGAUAGCGCAGAUAUGGCGUUGACAAGAACUAAAGGAAGGGGUGAACGUCGGCAGUCCCUUCGGAAGAGGAGACACAGUACAGGCUCUGGCGUAGACUGGGGGCUUGCAAGACAUCAGGAUCCUUUGGGUUUGCUUCAGCUCAAUGCCGACUUUAGAUGGCAGGGUUGGAAGACGUUGGAAAUGGUUGGCGGCAUUGGAAUCUUAGGAGGUUUGGCGUGGUUACUUGUUUAG